CUGGGAACGCAGCCUGCACUUCCGGGGCCUGCAGUCCGGCUCUAGUCUUCCUGUAGGCGGCGCGGGAGGAACAAUUGGCGUGAGGGGCCGGGCCGGGCGGAUCCCUUCCUCCCCCAAUGUGAGCGGCGUCCCGAACCCCCGUCCGGCCGAGGCUGCCCUGAGCGGCGGGAACGGCGGCCCGGGAACAUGAGGCCGUGUCUGCUCUUCCUGACCAGCGUGGUGCCUUUCGUGCUGGCGCCGCGACCUCCGGACCAGCCGGGCUUGGGCUCCCCGCAGCGGCUCGAAAAGCUUGAUUCUUUGCUCUCAGACUACGAUAUCCUCUCUUUAUCCAGUAUCCAACAGCACUCGGUAAGAAAGAGAGAUCUACACGCAUCAACACAUUUAGAAACACUACUGACGUUUUCAGCAUUAAAAAGGCAUUUUAAAUUAUACCUGACGUCAAGUACUGAACGCUUUUCCCAAAAUUUCAAAGUUGUGGUGGUCGAUGGUAAGAAUGAAAGCGAGUACAGCGUCAAGUGGCAGGACUUCUUCAGCGGACACGUGGUCGGUGAGCCUGACUCUAGGGUUCUAGCCCACAUAGGAGAUGACGAUAUUACAAUAAGGAUCAACACAGAUGGGGCAGAAUAUAAUAUAGAGCCACUUUGGAGACUAAUUAAUGAUACUAAAGACAAGAGAAUAUUAGUUUAUAAAUCUGAAGAUAUCAGGAAUGUUUCACGGUUGCACUCCUCAAAAGUGUGUGGUUACAUAAAGGCGGAAAAUGAAGGUUUGCUUCCAGAAGGGCUGGUAGCUGGAAAGGCACCUGAUGAGCCUGUUCACCGGGUAAAGAGAAGAGCUGACCCUAAUCCCAUGAAGAACACGUGUAAAUUAUUGGUGGUGGCAGAUCAUCGCUUUUACAAGUACAUGGGCAGAGGGGAAGAGAGUACCACCACCAACUACUUAAUAGAGCUCAUUGACAGGGUUGAUGACAUCUACCGGAACACUUCCUGGGACAACGCCGGUUUCAAAGGGUAUGGGAUCCAGAUAGAACAGAUUCUCAUUUUCAAGUCUCCAAAAGAUGUAAAACCUGGUGAAAGGCACUAUAAUAUGGCAAAAAGCUACCCAAAUGAAGAAAAGGAUGCCUGGGAUGUGAAGAUGCUGCUGGAGCAAUUUAGCUUUGAUAUAGCUGAAGAAGCAUCUAAAGUCUGCCUCGCACAUCUGUUCACGUACCAGGAUUUUGAUAUGGGAACUCUCGGAUUGGCUUACGUUGGUUCUCCCCGAGCAAACAGUCACGGCGGUGUUUGUCCAAAGGCUUAUUAUAGUCCAAUUGGAAAGAAAAAUAUCUAUUUGAAUAGUGGUCUGACCAGCACAAAAAAUUAUGGUAAAACCAUUCUUACAAAGGAAGCUGACCUGGUUACAACUCAUGAAUUGGGGCACAAUUUUGGAGCAGAACAUGACCCGGAUGGUCUAGCGGAAUGUGCCCCCAAUGAGGACCAGGGAGGAAAAUUCGUGAUGUAUCCCAUAGCUGUGAGCGGAGAUCAUGAGAACAAUAAGAUGUUCUCUAACUGCAGUAAGCAGUCCAUCUACAAGACCAUCGAAAGCAAGGCCCAGGAGUGUUUCCAAGAGCGCAGCAACAAGGUGUGUGGCAACUCGCGCGUGGACGAAGGAGAGGAGUGCGACCCGGGCAUGAUGUACCUGAACAACGACACCUGCUGCCACCACAACUGCACGCUGAAGGCGGGCGUGCAGUGCAGUGACCGGAACAGCCCUUGCUGUAAAAACUGCCAGUUUGAGACUGCCCAGAAGAAGUGCCAAGAGGCUAUUAAUGCCACGUGCAAAGGCGUGUCUUACUGCACAGGUAACAGCAGCGAGUGCCCGCCUCCCGGGGACGCCGAGGAUGAUACGGUGUGCUUGGACCUGGGCAAGUGCAAGGACGGCAAGUGCGUGCCCUUCUGCGAGAGGGAGCAGCAGCUGGAGUCCUGCGCGUGUAACGAGACGGACAACUCGUGCAAGGUGUGCUGCAGGGACCCCGAGGGCCGGUGCGUGCCCUACGUCAACGCCGAGCAGAAGAACCUGUUCCUGCGGAAGGGGAAGCCCUGCACCGUGGGCUUCUGUGACAUGAAUGGCAAAUGCGAGAAGCGAGUACAGGAUGUCAUCGAGCGGUUUUGGGACUUCAUCGAUCAGCUGAGCAUCAACACUUUGGGGAAGUUCCUCGCAGACAACAUCGUGGGCUCCGUCCUGGUGUUCUCCCUGAUCGUUUGGAUUCCGCUCAGCAUCCUUGUCCACUGUGUGGAUAAGAAGCUGGAUAAGCAGUACGAGUCCCUGUCCCUGUUCCACCCCAGUAACGUUGAAAUGCUCAGCAGCAUGGACUCGGCCUCGGUCCGCAUCAUCAAGCCCUUUCCGGGGCCGCAGACCCCAGGCCGCCUGCAGCCCCUGCAGCCCGCCCCCGUGAUGCCGUUGGUGCCUGUAGCCCCGAAACUGGACCACCAGCGAAUGGACACCAUCCAGGAAGACCCCAGCACGGACUCGCACAUGGACGAGGACGGCUUCGAGAAGGACCCCUUCCCCAGCAGCAGCACAGCCGCCAAGUCAUUUGAGGACCUCACGGACCACCCGGUCACGCGGAGUGAGAAGGCCUCGUCCUUCAAGCUGCGGCGGCAGAACCGUGUCGACAGCAAGGAGACCGAGUGCUAGUUGGGGGCGGGUGCCCGCGCUCUGCCCUGUGCGCAGUGUUCUUACAGGUUGGACCUGUCACUCCCAGGGGUCGGGAGGACCUGGGAGAAACAGGCAGUGACUUCAGCAGGUGCUGGUCACGUGUCUGGACUCUGGGCACACAAACUUAUGUGGUUGGGCCUUUCCGUGUGAACAGGUCAGGUGAAUCUAGCUUAUUUGGAGGCUUUCAGGUUUUAGUGUUCAUGUUUAAAAUAUCCUUCAACCUGUGGUGCAGAGGCGGAAGAUACAGCUGGAGUAGGUCAUAAGUAUUGACGUUUGGAUAAAGUAACCUUUGACAUCGAUGACGGCACUCAUUAGGGAGGGCGGUUUUCUUUCUCAUCAGGGUGAUGAGGGUGAGGCGUUGAGCGGUAACUCACGAGGAUAACUGGAACAGAGUGAUUUAUUUUUCUGCCCUCAGUAAAGACAAAGACAAAGCUGAGCUGUGCGUUAUCUCCACAGCAUGGGCCUGGUCCUCGGUCCGAGCCCGCGCUUACAGCGGAGAAGACCCACCCCAGUCAGGAGGGUUUGGGUUGGUUUCUUCAGAAUUCCGAGGUCAGUCCUUCCUACGGGUUAGCAGCUCGUUUACAGUGAGGUACAAGCAGCAGCCAGCUGCCUUCCAGCCUCCUGCCCGUGAGGCCGCCCUGCCGGCCAGUGUUCGUUUCCCACGUCUCUUCCUGGACCUCACGCUGUUGGCGCCUCCGGGGCAGCAGCAGCCGGCGGCCCACGGCACUGCCUUCCCGGGGCUCCCCGGUCUCCGUGUCCAUCCGCAGCACCGGCCUUCUAGCCGCUCCCCCAAGAAGCCUGGCCCUCCGGCGGCGGCCCCUUCUGGCUGAGGAGGGCUCGGUGCGGGGAGUGGCCAUGUCUCGAGGGAAGGGUCACUGUUGCCUCCAUAGGAGAGGCUGCAUUUGAUCUGGGGGCGCUUGGGGGCCUGCUGAGGGCCAGCGUCGAUGCUGGGUGGAGUCGGGGUGCAGUUUGGGAGGCUCCUCUCAGAUGCCUCACAGCUUGAGCCGUCGGCAUCCUGGGUGCCGGGCCGGGCUCCUCUCGGCAUCGCUGACUGCAGGGAGCGGUCUUCCUGGGGGUGGCCUCGGUGAGAUCCGGAGCUGGCCCGCUGCCCUGUUCACUCUUCGGAGCUGUAUUUUGGGGCCUCGGAGGCUGGGUGGCUCCGCCCAUGUCACACUGGGGGUCGGUACUGCUGUCCAGGCCGUCCGCCAAGUUGCUCAGGCCCGACGGGCUGGUCACCUUACUCCGUGGUCCCGGCUGUCCAGGCAGCAGACUCGGUGCCGCUCCGCGCUGGGACUGAGGGCCGGCUUUGCCGUGGUGAGGCCUGUCUGCCCCUAGGCUUGAGGAACCCUCCUCCCGCAUCGGCGUGGCCUGGGGGACAGCCCCUGCGAGUGAUGCUUAGACCCCGUGGUGCUGACUGCACGUGGCUUCAGGACUCUGGACGGAGCGCACUCGCUGUGUGAAGGAGAAGUCAUCGGGGGUUCUGACUUCCUUACAAUUCUAGUUAAAAGCUUCUCCCCUGUAAGUCCUGAAUGUGCUCAUCAGCCAACAUGUUUAAUGAGUAACUUAUAAACUUUGAGGGCAAUUAACCAAACCUGUGACAAAUGGUGUCUUUUUUCCUAAGGAUGUUUGUUACACAGAUACCUGUUACACUAAUACUUGAACUUGUACCUUGUGGUUUUGCUGUCCUUUAGUCACAAUAUUCUUAUUUUAGUUACACUUUUGGAAUCUGAUGGAAGGUGAGUGGGUGUAUGUGUGAGUGAAGCAGUUCCCCGCUGAAUGUAUCAAAACCAUUUUUUUAUAAAAUCGACUUUUU